UGUUGAGGGGCGACCAGGGACCUGCGCAUGACUCGAGGCCCGACCUCUGUCUCACGCGAGCUGCGAACGGCGAACGGCGAACGGCGAACGGCGAACGCAGCCUCGCCUUGCCUCGACUUGAUCGCCUGCUUCCUCGCGAUCCUCCCCUGCCGGUCCGCCGCUCCUGAUGGUCGGCUUUCCUGCGGUUCGGCGUUCCCGGUCGACGCCAGCGCCUCCAAACUACCAGAACACGGGGAACAAAGAUACACGCUGACACCAGCUCCUCACCUUUAUAUGCUUCUCCCUACUCCGUCCGCGACAGAGUAAGGUCUAUGCUCCAAAAAUCAAAUAUGGUAUGCCUCCACCGACCAACCCCCUCGACGACCCAGAUUACGAGCCAC